UCUGCAAUGAGAGAAUGAAAUCAGCUGGAUUUAAUUCAAUCAGUUGAAGACUUUUAAGCAAGACAGAGGACCUUCACUUCUUCUUCUUCCACGAACCAGCAAAGCAUUUCCUGAGGAGUUCAUUUUGUUCCCGAGGAGUUCUUCGAACACGUUCAUCGAAGUUGCCAAUUCACUGCCUGAGGAGUUCAUUGAACAUCUUCAUUGGACUUACCAGUUUGCUGCCUGCCCUAUGAAAUUUGGACUCAUCAUACCCAAAGAAGACUUCCCAGCACCCCAUCCUUCUGCCAUGUCUGACCCCAUCACACUGAACGUCGGGGGCAAGCUGUACACAACCUCCCUGGCAACUCUGACCAGCUUUCCUGACUCCAUGCUGGGUGCCAUGUUCAGUGGGAAGAUGCCCACUAAGAGGGACAGCCAGGGCAACUGCUUCAUUGACCGUGAUGGCAAAGUAUUCCGCUACAUCCUCAACUUCCUGCGGACCUCCCACCUGGACUUGCCUGAGGACUUCCAGGAGAUGGGGUUGCUCCGCAGGGAGGCUGACUUCUACCAGGUGCAGCCCCUGAUUGAGGCCCUGCAGGAGAAGGAGGUGGAGCUCUCCAAGGCAGAGAAGAAUGCCAUGCUCAAUAUCACGUUGAACCAGCGUGUGCAGAUGGUCCACUUCACUGUGCGCGAGGCCCCUCAGAUCUACAGCCUCUCCUCCUCCAGCAUGGAAGUCUUCAAUGCCAACAUCUUCAGCACCUCCUGCCUCUUCCUCAAGCUUCUUGGCUCCAAGCUCUUCUACUGCUCUAAUGGCAACCUCUCCUCCAUUACCAGCCACUUGCAGGACCCCAACCACCUGACUCUGGACUGGGUGGCUAAUGUGGAGGGCCUGCCGGAGGAGGAGUACACCAAGCAGAACCUCAAGAGGCUCUGGGUGGUGCCUGCCAACAAGCAGAUCAACAGCUUCCAAGUCUUCGUGGAGGAGGUGCUGAAAAUUGCUCUGAGUGAUGGCUUCUGCAUUGAUUCUUCUCACCCGCAUGCUCUGGAUUUUAUGAAUAAUAAGAUUAUUCGAUUAAUACGGUACAAGUAAAAGGACCCAGCAACACUGGAAGCGUGGGGUCCCAAGAAACUCCAUAUCAGCCAAGAUCUUGGAGUGUCUCACCAGUGGUAUGAGGCAAUGCUAUACUAAUAUGUAUUAAUCACAUAGCAGAACUUGAUUCCCUCCAUGAUGUAGUCCAUCUUUUGGAAUCCACGUCUUCUGAACAGAAACACCUUUUCUUCUUGCCACUUUGAGCUGGAGAUGGGCAGUUUAUUAUGACAAGUGAAGAGUCUGCUGAUGUGCACAAAAGGAGGCCACAAGAGGACUUUCUGGCUGAGUCAAAGGAGCAGCAGUGUCCAUUGACUCCAUUUUUCCCUGUACCACUAGCCAGUACCUCACCCAUCUAUAUAAAAAGGCCGCUGUAGGAGGGGGUGGGGUGAGAACAAGAGGCUCACUUCAAUUUCCCAGGACAUAAAGUACCCAGAGAGUACCAUCACACCUGCUUCUCCAUCCCUAGGAUGCAUCCAGGACUUUGGACUUAUUUGCCCAGCGGGUAUCCAUGUGUGGGUAGCUUGGAAAUGCAGCGUGUUCUCAGAGCUAUGCGUGCAGCCACACUUGGGGAGAGAUUUGAGCUGCAGCAUGGCCUAGAGGAGUGAGCACAAGACAGGGUUCAGAAGGUGAGGAUGUCCCUCUUGACCGGGCCAAAUCUAGGCAUUUCUAGCUUCCAGAAAUGGAAAUGGACUGCUCUUUCUGCAAAGAUUUGAGAGUAUCUGGAGACAGUAUGUAAUGAAAGGUGCUUCAUAGUCUGACCUGUUACCUGACUGCUAUAAUCCUUUCCCCCAAACUUUGAAGUAUGGUUGAAGCAGGUCAUUUUAAACAAAUAGACCAUAGAAUCUCAGGGUUGGAAAAGAACUCAAAGGUCACUUAGUACUCCCCCAUCCCCAAACACACCCAUCAGCCCCAUGCUGGCUGUUAGAAAGUCCUUCCUUAUGUUGAGCAAAAACCUGUCCUCUUGCCACAUCUAUUUGCUUGUCUUCAUUCUAGGCCUUCCUUCACAUCCAAACAUGGAGCAACAUCUUCAAAAUAGUUACCUAGAGAGGCAAACACUUAUUCUCAAAAUAUUAUUAAUCACAAUUAUGAUUCCCCUCUGAUCUGUCUUCAGAACCAAGCUGGCCCCUUCCAUCCCCUGUAAAUCAGUCCAUUUUGUUAUGGCUUCACUUCAUUUAUGACCCCUAUUUCACCCACCUUCCUUACCAGCCAUGUCUCCACAUACCUUUUGACUAUUUUCUGUUGGAGGAUGAAGAUUUGUUGUGCUGAGGAGAUCCAGAGGGAGAAGACCGGGGUGUCAGAGGGCAGUGUGCAGCGAGAAGCCUAGAGUGGUCUGAACAAAAGCAGUGUCCUUGGAGUAAGUUUCUAGCCCCUAAGACACUGCUGAAGAAAGUGGCCUUCCCCUGUGGUACUGUUUCUGGUCAAAACUGGUCCAUGGGCCUCCUUGUAGUGAGAUCCAGGACAAGAAACCCCAAGCCACCACUUCCCGGCGGUGCUGAGCAGCACAAGCCUCAAACUGUGCAAUAUGAUUCAUCCCUGGAACAAGUCUGGCCUUGGGAGUGCCCAGCUUCCCCACUGGGCAGGGGCCCUCAGACAAAGCCAGAGAAGCCUGAUGACACAGGUGAUACUGGAGAUGGGCCAAGGAAGGGGCUUCCCCUAGGUACACCCUGGGAGUAGGGAGGUCGUACAUAGAGCCUUGGGCAAGGCUGGUCCGUUAGGCAAUAAAGGCCUUUUUUCAGGUCAGUGGGACCCAGGAGUCUGUGACAGCUGCCCAGGUCACCAGGCCAGCAGUAAUUGGGGAACCCCCUCAGGAGAACCCAUUUUAGACCAGAUUGCAGAAACUGACCACAACAAAGCAGUUGGGAGGAGAAAUCUUGUAAAUCACUGCUACUUCCUACAGCUUCUCCUCCAUCUUUUCAGUGCUUCCUAACUCAAACAGCUUGGCUUUAGAGAAAGCCAUUAACGUGCCAUGCAUUAACUUUAAGUAAGUCAUGCGCCUCACUGAGCCACAGUUUGUUCAUCUGUGAAAUGGGCAUAACAGUAAUACAUAACCCUACCUACCUCACAGGGCUGUUGUGAGGAUCAAAUGAAAUAAUGUAUGUGAUAAUGCAGUAUAAACGAUAUUAUUUUGUGUCUAUUUAUGCGGGAAAAUGCCCUGAACUUGGAGUCAGACUGAACUGGGUUUGAAUUCUGAUUCCAUCACUUGCUUUUUAACCCUGAA